CACUUGCACGCGGUGAGGGACCGGCGGGACCGUACAGCUCGCCGCCGUUUCGGCGGAGCUGUGGAAGGAGCCUGAGGGCGAGGAGGCCGGGUAGCCGCACGACGCGGCGUAGUAGGUCCUGCCGCCGUUGCUCCGGGGUACUCCCGUUCCGCCGGAGCCGGCCCGCGAGGCCUUCCUUCUUCCUGGAUCAACCGAGCCAUCGAGAAGUUUAUGCAGCAAUUCUGAUUGUCGUUUCAGCUACAAGAGCAGUGUCAUGGAGAGGUGAAUAGAAUUAAAAGCGAAGGUGCUCAGAAAUAUCAUGGAUGGGUUAUCGGUGUUUCAUGGAAAGUGGCAUUGUUUUGUCCUUGUUUAGUCUCAUGGUGUUCUGGCGAGUGGUUUAUUGUGUCCUGAUAGUUGCAGCCUUUAAACUUUGUCAACAAUUUGGUAUUUGUUGGUUACUGCAUAAUGUCUUUACAAUAAAUGGUUAAUGGAACUGUGUGAUAAUUUCCCUGGACUACGACACCCUCGUUGGAGUACAUGACUUGCUGAGUCAAGUCAUGAGCAACUCUAUCAGACUAUCACUACCUCCUCUACCUAUCUUGUUGACCCCUAGGGUUUAGAGUGUCUGGCCUUCGUGCUUAGCUUCAGACUCUUUAUAUUGACAUCUAGGGUCCACCUUUCCAUUAAUGAUAGCAAAGUUGUUGGCUUCCAUGGUGCCUUUAAUUUGAUGUAGGGCAUGAUGGUGGACUGGGUUUGCACUUUGCACCUUUGUCAAGUCUCUAAUAGGGGGCGGCAUUGCAUCCAAGGGUUCCAUUACCAAAGAAGCAACAGAGUUACAAAAAGUUCAAAAGUACAGACCUCAACUAUUAACUGGUGGCCUGGAGACUUACCAAAUAAAAGAUGAUCCCUCCGAGACUUACAUUGAGAGCGUGCUAGGUACUAUACUCCAUAUUCCAUACUUCUGGGAGUACUUGCUCAUUCACACGCCAGGCAAGCAAGAUGAGCAGCAGCGCCUUUGGAGUAAGCAGCGUGCAGUUGUGGGUGAUGGUGGCGACGCUGCUGCUGCUGGCCAAGUUCGCCAUCGGCUCCAUCGGGCCCUGGAUCUUCUCAUCCCGGCGGUUGAUAGCUCCCCUCGUUCGAUUGCUGCAUGUCCUCAACCAUUACGCGGUGAUCUACACCCUCGGGCUCAUGCAGCCCUCUUCCUCCCACCACGCCGACGAUCCAAGCGUCCCAAGCGUGGCCGAAUUCUUACAGGUAUGGGCUGUUCUCAUAGUGACCAUGCAGGACAGCGUCAGCAUCGGCCGGCCAUACAAGACCAAGGAGAUGACCCUGAUCGACCUGCUAUCCUCCGUGUGGUCGGCCAACCAAAUCAGAGUGCGCACACGGGCAAGGCUCGCCGCGCCUCUCUGGAUCAUCUGGUGCAUUCACGCCUCCCGCGUCGUCUGGCACUAUGUCUCCACCAUACGCGCCACGAACGCCAGCCUCGACAACGUCAAGCUUGUCAGCGAUUACAUGAUGACAUCGCAGCACACCGACGACGACGAUGCCUGCCCCAGCACCAUGCGUGGAUACAGGUACAUCGUCGUCUGGGAAGAUGAACAGAUGAUGGAGGUCAGCGGACCACCCGGCUUCACGCUUGAGAUGAAGCUGACGGGACCCAAGGCCGCUCAGCUCCUGACCGUGGACAAGGUAUGGGAGCAAGCCCAAGACAAGGACGACAGGCUGCUGAGCAGGACCGCGGACAGAGACAACAUGUUCAAGGACGUGUGCCUCUCCUUCGCCCUGUAUAAACUGCAGCGCCGCCGGUUCUACAACUUCCCCGUUGCCGAGGCCGCGCACCCAGCCACGCGGCGGCUCGUCUCCGACGCCAUCUUGGAGGAGGGUGCUGACGGGACCUACGAGCGGGCGCUCCGCAUCACCGAGGUAGAGCUGUCCUUCCUCCACGCCUCUUUCUACAGCAGGCACGCCGUGGUGUUCUCCGGGGGCUUCCCGUGGGUGCAGCUAGCUCUGUCACUGCUCGUGACUGUGGCUGCACUGUACCUGGCCUGUGCUGUUGGCGACAUACCCAGCACUGGUAAUAUUGUAGCCGGCAAGAGGGAAAGAGUCGUGAGAAUUACUCACGGAGCGCUCUUCACGUACCUCGUCAUCGCCAUCGUCGUCUGCCGGGAGCUCGGGGAGGUCAGCAUCUAUGUGCUGUCGCAGUGGACCAAGGUAUGGAUCAUCUGCCACUACAUCAAGCUGAAAGGGUGUCAAGGGAGGAUCAAGGCGGCACGGCAACUGAUGAUGGAGAUGGUGGCGAGGAUCAUGUUCCGAGUCAUCAGGGGAGGCCAGUGGGGUCGACAGAUUCGCCAGCAUAACCUACUAGCAAGGCCGUCCACGCUAGCACAAUUCGCAUGGCCCCUUAUCCUCAGGAAGGUGAAGCUGCAGCGCGAGGCAAAGAGGGUAUUGUUCCAGUCACUCAAGACCCUCAUCGAUACCCCGCUCCCAUCGCCAGAGCCUUCCGCUCAACAACAGAUGAUGAACAGCCUACUGAUGUCGUAUUCCCGCAGUGCAUUCCCAAUCCCCGCUGGCCCCGCGCAAUCACACUCAAAAUUACCCGUCAUCGAGGGUACCGCCAGUGAUCUCGAGGGCGAGACCCACAAGAUUCUGGUCUGGCAUAUCGCCACCAGCCUCUGCCAGAUGAAGAUACUGGAUGAGGCUGGAGAACGCGGCGCCGACCUGUACACCCUGCCGAAGUCGCCGUUCACCGGCGACCUCGCGGCCGUGACGCCACAUUACAUCACCGCGGUAAGCUUGUCCAACUACUGCGCGUACCUGGUGACGCAGGGGCUGGUGCCUGACAACGGCCUCGUCGCCAACAAGGUCUUCCACGCCGUGUCUGACGAGGUCCGCGAUGCCUUGCGCGGGUGCAGCACAAUGACAGAGAUCCGGAACAAACUGACUGUCACUCCUGAAAACGGCGCGGCGACGACAAUCCUCGGGAUGGGCGCGCAGCUGUCGGAGAAGCUCAUGUCCUUGUACAAGAGGGACGACGAGCUGUGGGAGCGCCUGGGUAGGUUCUGGGCAGGGUUCCUGCUGCACCUGUCGGCGUCUACGAGGGCGGCCAAGCACAGGAUACAUCUGCAAGGGCGUGGGGAGCUCACCACGCUCCUCUGGGUGCUGCUGUCGCACGCCGGGUUCCUCGGCAACACCAGCCACGGAGAGCAACUGCUGGACCCGGAAGACCUCAACGACGUCUGCUGAUCAGUGCGCGCGAAUGUGUGUGUGAGCGCUUAGAUCUCGGUUGUCAGUCCCAGAGUAUCUUCACGAAUGACCAAUGAUUCCUUUGUAUUCUAGACUGCUGGUUAGUUUGGACUUCGUGUGGUGUCUUCACCCUAUGAUUUCUUCGUGUUCUAUGUUCAUGUAUGGUCAUCAUAUUUCUGAAUGCUUGUAAGCCAUUGUUAUGUUCUUAUAUAAUGUAUUCACAGCCUCUUACGUACUUUGAAAGGCUGAACUUUGCACUUGA